AUGAAGUGCUCCAAAGACAUGGUGAAAUUGAUUUGCGAUGGGAAGUCGAUCAACUUCAAUGCAAUCGCUCCAAGAUUGAACGCUCCAACUCAAAGUGAAGCUGUUGCAAGAGAAACAGAGAUGACUCAAAACAAGAUUCUCUAUUCUGCAAAGCUCGACAAGAACAUGCAAAGAUCAGCCUACUUCAAGACAAACAAGAGAACCGUCAAAUCAAACAUCAUGCUGAAAUUUGUGACAAAGACGAUAGAUAUCAAGCUUCGAGGUGAAGCCGAUUGCACUACUACUCUUGAGGAUCCAAUCGAACUCUUGAACCGUAUUGAACAAUUCAUGAAGAAGAGUGCUGAUGCUGAGUAUGACUUCUUGGAUUUCUGGGAAGCCAAUCAAAAGUUCUUUGCGAUGAAACAAGGAACAACCGAAAACUUGAUGCAUUUCAAGGAACGAUUCUUGACACAGGCUGAAGUCCUGCAAGAUCUAUAUGGCGUUGCCUGGUUCCAAAACUUUGCAGUCAAGACAAAAGCGUAUGCUGCUAUUGCUAGCACUGAUACUGCUGCUCAAGACAAGUUCAAAGAUGAUAUCUCUGAAGCUGUUCUUGCAACAGGAUUUCUGUGCAACUGCGAUUGA